AUGAAAUUUAGAAAACAAGUAUUUUUAGCUCAAUCCACAGCUGUAAUGAUUAUGUUUAUUGUCAUGGGACUCAUGAUUCAAGAGGUUAAGUUACAAUGGGUAGGUAUAUUUAAAUCAAACAUCUAUAGAUCUACAUCGAAUAUUUACAAUUAUUUUAAAAAUCAUCUAUCCUACAGUAGACAUCAAUGUCCAAUAUAUUGCUUCAAAUCAAGAAAGAAAGAUCAAAAAUGGAAUAAACAAGAAGUGAAUAGAUUAUAUUUUGUAAAUGAUCUCCCCAUAGGAAAACCUCCAGAUGGAAAAAUCUUUUAUUAUGGAAGAGCUGUCUGGACUAGAGAUAUUUCAAAAUCUGAAACCAAAUAUACCCAUUCCUACCAGGUACUAAGAGCAGAUGGAAAAUAUGAAGACGAUGUUUGGAUAUCCACAAACCCAGAGUUUAGGGGAACAUUAUAUGUUAAAGAAAUCUAUGAAAAGGUUGUCGUGUAUGGAAUAUCUGUAUGGCAUACGGAUCCGAAAGAAGGCUCAAAGUACACCCAUUUCUACCAUAUCCUUGGAGCAGAUAGAAGAUACAAUAUAGAUGUAUUGGUAUCAAAUAGUGAAGACUAG